AUGUCUUCAGAGAAGGACAAAUAUAAACUUCCAGAAUGGAUUGGUUGCCCUCCAAAAGGAACACAUUUGGAUGUUACUAAAGGCCCAAAACUUAUACAGAAAUUGCUUAUUGAUGAAAAAGGCUAUUACUAUUUUGGACGUAAUCCAACUGAUUGCGAUUUUGUUUGUGAACAUGCUUCGUGCUCUCGUGUCCAUGCUUUACUUUUAUUUCAUAAAUUGAUUAAAAGAGUUGCUAUUGUUGAUCUUGAAAGCAGCCAUGGAACUUUUGUAAACAACAUUAGAAUUUCUUCACUUUCACCAGUGUUUUUAGACCCUGACCAGUGUUUUCAUUUUGGAGCUUCAACAAGGCGAUAUUUUCUGAGAGAAAAGGAUGAUGUCGAGAUUGAAACUGGAUUUUCGGCGAAUCAAUCAGAAUUGGAUACCGUCACAGAAUCGAAUACAGCCCAAAAUCGUCGAAUCCCAUUAAUUCCGCAAACAACAGAUGACGCUAGGCGAAAAUUGCGUCCACGCCCACGACUGCAAUUUAAUGAAGAAGAAGAAAUUAUUAAUCCAGGUUUUUUUGUUUUACAAAUUUUAAUCUUUUUAUUUAAAGAGGAUGUAGAUCCUUUGGUUGGUCGUUUUCGAAAUAUGGUUAGAACUGCGGUUAUUCCAACUUCUGGGCGUAAAAGAGAAGCUGUCGAUGAUGAAAAUGAAUUAUUUGAUUUUUAUUUGCCAAGUCAACAAACGAAGAAAACGAGAAAGGUUUUUUUUAUUUUUUAUUAUCUAAAAGGGGGAGGCAAGGGCUAA